AUGCCGAAGUUCGUUCUUUUUGUGAUGCUAGCUGCGGAGUUGUGGCCCCUCCAAACUUGGAGCUUUGUGUACCCAUACCGCAUCAACCAGUUCACCCCGCUUGAGAGGCGAUGGUGGAAGGGUCCUAAGUACAACACUGGAACGAACUUCGGCGGCUGGUUGUUUCGCAUUCAUCACGGCAGCGCCGGUCCCAUCUGCGGAGCUUCCUACUAUGCACCCUACAUCAUGCUCACAUCCGCGAACUGCAUCCAUGAGCACCGCUAUGAUCUGGAUGGCGCGGUGGUCCAACCCACGUUCACCCACCAGCCCAUCGACGUCUAUGUGGACACCAUUUACACACCCCCCUAUUUCACGCACUAUGCAACUUACGUGGAUGUAGCGGUAGUCCGGCUCUUGGAGACCGUUCCGGGCAGAACGACCGAGUUCAUAAAGCUCUGCAACAGGACCAUCCAGGAUAAUAUGAAGAUGACGUCCUACGGCUGGGGCUUUGACACCGCGGGACUACAGAGUUCGGACACAAAGAGUUUCGUCGUUCCCGUCGAGAACAUCCAAUCGUGCCGAAAGAAGCUCGCCAGCACCAACAUCAGACUCUCGUCCACAACCUUCUGUGUAACGCAUCCCAGGGAUCCCAGGCAGUGCCGCUACGACGGAGGAGCCCCGCUCACCUACGGCACCGAACUCUGCGGCGUGGCCUCCUACGGGCCACUCUGCAAGUACACCAAUCAGCCGGGGAUCUACACGGACAUCAACAAGGUGACCAAGUUCAUCGAGGACAUCGCAUUCAAGAUCAAAAACGGACAUCUCAUCAGGGAGAGCAGAGGGAAAAAUCGGGAAACACGAUGGUACAAUCAGUAUAAAAACAAAAACCGUAAGAAGCUGAAACGAAAAAUUGCAUUAAAAAAAGAGGAAUAUGAUCAUCAAUAG